GUACUAUAGCCACGACCAAACACAACAUAACCUCAAUUUGACACACCUGAUUCCAUAUACAACGACUUUUUAGUUAAUAGGUAGUAAUGGCAAGUUCUAUUAAGAAACGUGCGGUGAGCAAACAAACGGACCAUGAAGGAGACUUUAAAAUGGACGAGGAAAUUCAAGCCGAUUUUGAAGGUCGAAACUUGGAAGUGCAAGAUUUUAAUGGUAUCCGUCAACUCUUGAGACAACUGUUUCUUAAAGAACAUGUGGACGUUACACAACUUAGCGACAUGCUAAUUGCACAAGAAGGAAUUGGGAGUGUUUUGAAGCAAAGUUGGAAUGAGGAUGAAGACGAUGACGAUGAUGAUACAUUAACAGAAGCACUGGAUGUGUUUGGCGUUACUACAGUGUUCAAUUUAACUUCUCAUUUGGAAUCGCCAGUAGUUCAACAACUGUUCGAAUUGGUGCAGCGAUUAACGACAGAAACAUCAGAUGAAGCUGUUCGAAACAAAAUCAAUAACAUAUUAGAAAGUUCUCAGAAAUUAGGACUGUUAAUUAAUGAACGUUUUAUAAAUUUACCGCCAAAAAUUGCAGAUCCAUUAUUAACAUCCCUACAGGCGGAAAUGUCGCGUAUGGCCAAAAGAGAUGAUUCUUACAAAUUUGAUUAUUUUGUGCUUAUUUGUAAGCUGUACAAAUCGAAAGGAGGGAAAUCCGAUGUUAUGUUUUCAAAUGCCGAGGAAGAAAUUUUUGACAAAGAAGCUGAAGUUAGUAUAGAAUAUAACGUCACAUCGCAGUGUGAUACUGCUUUAGUGGGGCAAUGGGAAGAAGAGGACAGAGAAAUGAUACCUUACAGACGAAUUUUAUUUAUACAGGGGAAUAAGUUUGCGGAAAUUGUUCAAAAAGUGAAAGCUUUUGUGUCAUAAAUUUGAUACCUAUUAAUAAAUUUGAGUAUGCUAACUA